AUGAUGAUGAAGAUGAGUGCUCUCAAAGACAUGGGCGAAGAUGUCUCAAAAGAAGAACGCCGUAGAGUAGCCGCGAGAGCUCUAUCAGAUAUCAUGAAAUCCCCAUAA